CAUUUCCUGCGUCUGCUAAAGCUGACUGAACCCACAGAGCCAUUUCAUCUUGUUUGGACAACACUUCCCUCUUCACAGUCACUACUUGGCCUGGAGCUGGAUCUCAGGUUGCCAGGACAGUUAAAGCACAACGUAGCCCUCCAUGGAGCUGCCUUACUACCACGGCCCGCUAACCAAGCAAGAGUGUGAAACCCUGCUCCUCAAGGGCGGGGAGGAUGGCAACUUUCUGUUAAGAGACAGCGAGUCUGUGCCAGGAGUCCUGUGUCUCUGCGUCUCGUUUAAAAAGUUUGUCUACACCUACCGAAUCUUCAGAGAGAAAUAUGGAUAUUACAAGAUACAGACUGUGGAAGGGGCUCCAAAGCAGAUCUUUCCAAACCUAGAGGAACUAAUCUCCAAAUUUGAAAAGCCAGGCCAAGGACUGGUGGUUCACCUGUCAAACCCAGUAAGGAAAAAGAGCUUCUGCCCAAGAGGAAGAAGGGUGACGUCAGAGCCAAAUGUCUAUGAGAACACUAACGAGGACUACGUGGAUGUCUUGCCUUGAAAACAAGAAUAGAGGAGAAAACAAGCUAACGGAAAGGUGGUAGAGCUCUCCGCUGCCACCACCUCUGCAAGUGUUGAUCGAAAGUGCCAGUUUCUAGUGGGCCUUUGAGACUCCUCUGAUCUGGGUAGCAGGAUCUUCUCUACUGAAGCCUUGGAGAAGUCCCUUCCCACAUCCUGGCCUUCUGGCACACUCACAAGAAGCUCCAAAGCCACCACUCACCUGUCACUCUCCUAUCUUGGGAUUGGACAGCCAGAAUCCAGUCUCCUGACUAGCUGAUCAGAGGCACCGCCACUGCUUCCGGGUUGACAACAUCUAACAGGACAAUGGAAAGGGCUGCUUCAUAGAGAGGGAAGAAUGCUCUACAAUGACUUCAGAGUCCCCAUCCCACGGUUGUGUGACUUUGGACAAACCACCCUUUCUGGUGUGGUGGAGUGAUUGAUACACACUAACCUGGACCCUCUGUUGAGCCUGGUUGUCCUGGGUGGAGCUGGGGUCUGAGCAGAGGACUCAAGAUCUAAGGAUACUGAAGAAGCAAACUUGUCCUCUACCUGUCUAGGUCUUGCUGAGGGUUGCGACCCACCCAUGAUCCCUUUCCCUUCAGUUUGGGCUAGGCUGACUUCCUGCCAGACAUUCCUCUGGCCACAGUUUUUCCUCAUUAUUCCCAAUUCUACAUAUGCAGCAAUCACUUUGCCAACUGAUAAAUAUGAUAAAAAAUAUUUAUUUUUUAUUAAUUUUUUGGUUAGCAUACAGAGAGAUGGGUUUCAUUCUGGCCUUUUUAUGCCUUAAAUCAUUAUUUUUCUUUCUUUUCUCUUUCUUUUCUUUUUUUUUUUUGAGACAGAAUCUCAGUCUAGCCCAAGCUAGCCUCAAACUCAAACUUUCUGUCUCAGCCUCCGAAGUGCUGGGAUUACAGACACACGUGGUCACAUGUGGCCAGUACUUUCUUCAUUCUUGACCUUCCAUUGUACUUCCCCACUUUCCCCAGCUCGCUGGGACCCUCCUGUCCCCACAGAGGCUCCCUUCUGCAUAUAUUCCUUUGCCUUCUCCAUUCUUGCUUCCAUUUUAGACCUCUUCCUCCUGUCUCAUAGUCUGAUUUCUGAACUUUCAUGUCCUCCAUAUGUAUGUAUGUUUAUAUAUAUAUAUAUAUAAAUUUAAAUCUACAUUUUGCAUAGGAGAAAAAUGUGGUUUGUCCUUCUGAAUCUGAUAAAUUUCACUUAACACAAUGACCUUCAGGAUUGUCCGUUUCUUGGUGUGUGCGUGAAUGCUAUAAAUUCAUUGCUCUAA